AUGCAGAAAUCUAGUGUGCAAGAUUCCAAUGACAAUCCUAAAGAAGAAUCAAAUGGAGCAGAGCAACUGAAUGAGGAAGAAUUGGGUAACAGGGACACUUUUUUUGAUGCAGAAAUUGGGGAUUUGGUAAAAUCCAAGUUUCGCAUUAUAAAAAAACUCGGCCAAGGGCAAUUUUCGAAUGUUUGGUUGUGUCGGGAUAUUUUAAAAUCUAAAUACAUUGCAAUGAAAGUUAUCAGAAGUAAAUCAUACUAUAGUGGGCAUCAUGAAAUAAAUAUGUUUAAAAAGAUUCAUUCUACUGAUCCUUCAGAUCAAAGAUGUGAAAGAUUAUUGAAACUUUCAGAAAGCUUUAUAGUGCCAAACAAAGUGGGAGGCGUUCACGUAUGCAUGGUUUUCCAAACAAUUGGUUAUGAUUUAUGCUCAUUCAUUCAAGAAAGAUAUUCCAAAGGAGCUCCACUAUUUAAAGUCAAGAGCAUAAUUCGACAAAUUCUGGAAGGGGUUGAUUAUUUGCACUCAAAAUGUGGAAUUAUACAUACUGAUCUCAAACCAGAAAAUAUAUUAAUUUGUCUUGGUGAUGAUGAUAUUAGAAGGAUAGUGGAUUUCGCCAAUAUGCAAGAAAUAAGGCCUGAAAGUGGAGAGGAUCAAAUUAAUGAAUCAAAUGCUGGCAAUGAAAAUGCAUCUGGACCUAGUGCUAUUGCUGGGGAUAUGCAAAAAACAACAAAAUCCAAAUCAAGUUCGCCUGUAGAUUGUACUUUAAGACUAAAUAUAUUUUCAGGAGGUGAAAUCAACAUAAAAAUAGCUGAUUUUGGUACCAGCUGUACAACUUCGGGUAUUCUAACAUCACAGAUUCAAACUAGACCAUACAGAUCACCAGAAAUUUUAAUAGGUGCAGACUAUGGUCCUCCUGUUGAUAUAUGGAGCAUUGCUUGUAUUGCAUAUGAGCUAGCUACUGGAUAUGUUUUAUUUUGUCCACGUUCUAUAGAUGGUGUUUCAAAAGAUGAAAUUCAUAUUGGUCUCAUGGUCCAACUACUUGGAAAUAUACCUAAAAGAAUUCAAGAUACAGGAAAGCUGUCACCUAAAUAUUUUCUAGAAUCAGGGGAUUUAAUAAAUGUUGAUACAUCAAGGCGAUGUAACUUAUAUCAACGACUCGUCAAAGUUAAUAAAUGGGCUACUAUGCUAGCAUAUCCGUUUGCAGAUUUUUUGUUAAGCAUGCUGGAGUAUGAUCCUAGGAGAAGGCCUACUGCUGCUCAAUGCCUUCAAGAUCCUUGGUUAAAAAAAUAA